GAUUAAGACUUGAAAAUGUUCGAGAAGUUUUUGAAGUAUCUCGAGAAGAAGUUGUCUUGUCUUUGCCAAACCGUAAAUGACGACAGUUCCAGUGAUGAACACAGUGAAAGGAACUCGGAUGGAAGCCGCAAUUCUUCACAAUGUGAUGACGAUUCAUACAAAGAAAACAGUUUCAAGAGUUACAGCGAAGAAGAAAGCUCGGGAGAAGAUGUCGUCGAGUCUACCGGGCGGAGCGGAACUCGCAGUUCGAGCUACGAGGAAUAUUCUUCGAAAAACACAGGAUCGACGCACACUGUUGGAAAUACCGAAGUAUCGAGCCUGAUCGAACAGCAUAAGAAGAUAAAUUCGUCUAUAGAAAGUACCAAAAAACAUGUAAAAUUAAGGGUAGGAAGUAGCAGUCCGAGAACAAAACAGGAGGUCCAACACAAGUCACCUGAAUUUAAAAAAAAAACACCAAAACAAUCCAGUAAAGAACUUGAGAAAAAUUCGCCUAAACGAGAGAGAACGAAGGGAGAUCGGAAUUUGAAGAAGCCGCAAACAAUGAAGGAUAAAAAUGUUAAGCAAGAGGAUGGCAAGAAACUAGAUACAACUAAACAGGAUAAAGAAACCACGGACGAAAAGGCGUCUCGUCUAAGAAAAUCUUCGUUAAAGGUAAAAGAGAAAAAAAAAACUCUUAUACCAAACCGUGAAGAUAAGACCAAAGAACGGACUGCAAAAGAAAAGAAGGACACCAAAAAAACAGAAGAAAAACGGAGAACUGAGGAGAAUAAGGAAAAAGGAAAAAUUCCAAAAGCAGUUAGGGAAACCAACCCAAAAACCACCCCAAGUAAUCAAGAGAAAUCCACUUCAUCUAUAUUGCCCAAGAAAAUUUCUAAUCUUGGAUGGGUAAAUCGUUCAUGUGUCAACGAUCAAGCUGUUAAAAAUAGAGUACAGGAUUUGUUGUCUAGCCGUUUGAUACAUGCAGACCAUCAGGUAGAAUGGCUUGCUAGAUCGAUCCAGUGUAUUGACCUUACUACAUUAGCUGGUGAUGAUUGCCCUUCUAAUGUGGCAAGAUUAUGUUCAAAGGCAGCUCAUCCACUGAGUGACGAUCUCACAAGGGCCCUACAGAUAAAGCAUGGACUACUGACAACUGGAGCAGUUUGUGUGUAUCCUGCCAGAGUAGCAGAUGCUGUUCUAGGGCUAGAAAGGUUAGGGGCAAAUAUUCCAGUUGCCUCUGUUGCCACAGGAUUUCCUACAGGCCAAACAUCCCUAAAAACCCGAUUGGAAGAAAUUGAGUUUGCUGUGGCAAAUGGUGCUAAGGAGAUAGAUAUUGUCAUCAACCGAGAACUUGCCCUAUCCCAAAACUGGGGAGAAUUAUACAAUGAACUUGUUGAGAUGAGAAAAGCAUGUGGUGAAUCUCAUAUGAAAUCUAUUUUGGCUGUUGGAGAACUGUGUACCUUAACCAACAUCUACAAAGCUUCCCUUGUGGCCAUGAUGGCUGGUUCAGACUUUAUAAAAACUUCAACAGGGAAGGAAACUGUUAAUGCUACACUUCCAAUCGGCCUCGUCAUGUGUCGCGCUAUCCGGGCGUACAAUCGAAAGACUGGCUUCAAAGUAGGAUUCAAGCCUGCUGGUGGUAUUAGAACUUCCAAGGAUGUACUUCAGUGGAUGACGCUUAUGAAGGAAGAGCUUGGAGAUAAUUACUUGACACCGGACUUGUUCCGUAUUGGAGCAUCGGCUCUGCUCAAUGACAUUGAGCGCAAUCUGGCAAACUAUGCCACUGGGGGAUAUUUUCUGGCCGAAGAAAUGCCGAUGGCAUGAUGGAUCUGUUGCAGAAGCACACAUUCCCAUAUACGCUCUGUUUAAAACUCAAAUACUCUAUGUAGUUUGCUAUUGAGCUGGAAUAAUACAGCAUAAGGAAAUAGCGGGGAA